AUGAUGACUACAAAUAUUUUGUGCACGCACCCACGCUCCCAUGAACUCCGUGGCGCGCGCUCCCCCCACGUGCACUCUCACACAGCAGGCAUCAAAAGGCUUUACGUCAAGGCAGACAGGAAGAAGAAAGCGAAAUCUGAUGGCACGAUAGCCGGGUCCUUUCGUCCCACUGUAACAAGUAAGUGGUUUUUGGAAACGUCUGCGAGUCGGAAUCUGCAGCUCGGUGACUUUUUAUCGCCGCCAGAGCUUUGUCAACUUCGUCCUGAUAGCUCAUCCUCUGCAAGGUCAUACCCGGAUCUCUUUGACUGGAUGGUUUUCUUUUUCUCUGUCGCAGAUGCAUGCCCGCUCCUCCUGCCCAUGGACGCGCUCUCUUGUUUCACACGGAUUUCGUCUGUGUGCACAGAGGCAGAGCUGAUCUUAUGGCAGCCAUCAGCCCGCCAUGUACCAUCGCUCAUCUAA